UCGAAUCUUUUCACUUCUACUUCAUGCCAGAAGGAUGCUAUGCGUCUCCUAAUGAAUUUUAAAAUUUUAUAUAAAAAUUAUUUUUUCACAUCCGAAAAAUCUCAAACGUAAUUUUUUUGUGUUAAAAAAAAUUGUGGCAAUUAAACAUUUAUGAUUACUUCUAAAAAAAAAAAUAUUAUGCAAGAACUAAUCAAUGAUGACAGUGAAACCUGCGAUUCGAUGUUUCUCAAGGUAGCUCCGAUCGCAUCGCCAGAAUCAAUUUUAAACGACAUGGAGCCAAGUAACAUAUCAAUUGUCACUUCAAAUGGUCCUGCUGAUAGCAGUAUUGGAAAGUCUAAGACAACAAUAAGUCUACCAUCAGCAACAAAAUUUAGCAAUGCCGCGAAAAUCAAAGCUCCUUGGCUUAAAAGCUUGUUCGAAGAUGAGUGCUCUGCAUGGGAAACAACUAAAAGCGGCUUAGCCGAAUUAAUUGGAACAGCAAUGCUAGUGUUUCUAGGAUGUAUGGGAUGUGUUGGAAGUUUAGGAAGCCAACCUUCCUCACUUCAAAUAUCUUUUACUUUUGGACUUGUUGUCAUGCUUGUUAUUCAAAGCAUUGGACAUAUAAGUGGCGCUCAUAUUAAUCCUGCUAUAACAGUUGGAGCAGUAGUCAUGGGGAAAAUAUCAUUGACCAAAGCAUCUGUUUACUUUGUCGCGCAAUGUCUUGGUGCUAUACUUGGUUUUGGUCUUCUUAAGGUCGUAACACCAUCAGAUGUUCUCGUGAGUUCACUAACUUCAUCAACGGAAACAUUCUGUAUAACAGAAUUGCACAACAAGAUACCAGUAAUUCAAGGAUUGUUGGGUGAAAUAAUUGCGACGGCAGUUCUUAUGUUUAUGACCUGCGCAAUUUGGGAUAACCGCAAUGAAAAAAAUACAGACUCAACGGCCAUUAAAUUUGGAUUGACGAUAGCUGCAUUGUGUAUGGCACUUGCUCCGUACACUGGAUGCAGUUUGAACCCGGCAAGAUCACUGGGGCCCGCAAUAUGGAACAACUACUGGAACCACCACUGGAUCUUCUGGUUCGGACCCAUUGGUGGUUCUUUGCUUGCUUCUGUUUUAUACAGAUCAGUAUUCUCACCCCGUCAGUGUAAUUUGCCUGAAUGUGCUUCCAUUAAUACUUCUCAAAAGGCCGAGAUCUGAACCCAAAGUGGAAAUUAAUAAACUUGUGAUUAUUGAACUCAGCAGAGUUUUGUUUUUUAUGUUGAAAUUGUAAAAGAGAUUUAUGAAAUAUCGAUUGACGGUAUUGAGAAUGUAUGAGUGAGAUUUUAUAAACAGAAUAAUGUUAAAUGAUAAUUUAUAAAAAAAAGCAAUGGAUAAAAAAGAAAAUGAUAUAAGCAGUGAAAUGCUUUCAUCAAAUUAAAUUUUUUUUUUU